UGGUUGCGCAUAUGGUGGCGUCAGGUGCGGGUUUUGUGGAGGAUCUGGAUGAGUCGUUUAAAGAAAACCGUAAGGAUGAUAUUUGGCUCGUAGAUUUUUAUGCACCUUGGUGUGGCCACUGCAAGAAACUGGAGCCUGUGUGGAAUGAAGUGGGUCUAGAAAUGAAAAACAUGGGCUCUCCAGUAAAAGUUGGCAAGAUGGAUGCAACUUCCUUUUCUAGUAUUGCAUCUGAAUUUGGAGUGCGAGGCUAUCCAACAAUUAAGCUCUUAAAAGGUGACUUGGCAUAUAACUAUAGAGGACCUAGAACCAAAGAUGAUAUAAUUGAAUUUGCUAAUAGAGUGGCAGGACCUCUUAUCCGGCCGCUUCCUAGCCAGCAUUUGUUCGAGCAUGUGCAGAAGAGACAUCGUGUACUUUUUGUGUAUGUUGGUGGUGAAUCUCCUUUAAAGGAAAAAUACAUUGAAGUUGCUUCAGAACUAAUAGUUUAUACGUACUUUUUUUCUGCCUCAGAAGAUGUGCUGCCUGAGUAUGUGACGUUGCCUGAAUUGCCUGCUGUUGUGGUCUUCAAAGACGGAACUUACUUUGUUUAUGAUGAGUAUGAAGAUGGUGAUUUGUCAUCCUGGAUAAACAGAGAAAGAUUUCAAGGUUAUCUUAAUGUAGAUGGCUUUACACUGUAUGAACUUGGAGACACAGGUGAGAUGCUGCCACCACUAGACUCUUUGGCAUUUCUUGUACUUAACGCUAAGAAAAAUUAA